GGGACACAGUUCAGCUACUUCGAGGCACGAUUCCACGCAGAAUUUGGCAACGACACACCUGUGGAAAAAUAUAAACAAAACUUUCCAUUGUUUUGAAUUUGAGUGCAUUAACUUUUUUGGAGAAAUUCUCUCAAAUUUUAACAUUUUCUGUAUGAAAUGCUGCAAUCUUUUCUGAGUUUUCUGUGAAUUUGGAAAAGCCAAAAUGGCUCGGGGUUCAUUUAGUGCUGCCAUAUUGUUUAUCACUGCAAAUGUCGUCUGCUAUGAAUUUUGCGCUGCCAACACUGCAUUUUACGCUGACAACGGCUUACAGCAGACUGUCAUCGUCAACAAAAUGAAGGGACGCCAACGGAAGGGUGUUCAACAAGAAAUUUUAACCCUCUUGGGUCUGCAUCACCGGCCAAAACCGAAGGAUCACCAUGGUGAGGAGGACUCGGCGCCAAAGUUCAUGAUAGACUUGUACAAGACAUUGGAAGAGGAAGAAACGCUUCCCAUGGAAGAAAAUGAUGAAAAAUUUCAUAACCAUUUGAAAAGUAAAUUGAACGAUAGUCUCGGUCUGGAUUUGACCAAAGUAGAUGGCUCAGAUGUGAUUAUGAGUUUUGUGAAUCACGGUAAUAAAGUGUCCUAUCUCCGGCAUGAAAAAGACAAGACAUUCUUCUUUGACUUCAGCGAAGUCUCCCCGGAGGAAGGUGUGACCGGUGCAGAGCUACGCCUACAUAAAGACUCAGUGACCAAUGAUGGAACUGGACAGAUGACCAUUGAAGUAUUUAUGAUACAACAAGGAGUCGAUAUUGAAGAUAAGACAUUGAAUUCUGAAGUGAAUGUAACCAUUGCUAAUAGUUUUACUGGUUGGUUUGGUUUAAAUGUAACCAGAGCUGCUGAAAGGUGGACCAACUUCCCAGAGUCUAACCUAGGUCUCUACAUGAAGAUUUGGGAUCAAAAUGGAAAAAGUGUGGAACCAAAACAUGUUGGCAUGGUAACCAGAAAAGGUCCAACAGACAAACAACCUUUCAUGGUGGGGUACUUCAGUAUGGCACACAACAUUCACUCCAGAAGAACACGCUCAACCCGAAGUUACCAAACGGUUUCAGACACCAGCGACAAUGAAAUGGCGUAUGCUUAUUCCGAUGAACCCUAUAACCCUUACAGUAAUUCAUAUUUAAGAUUUAAAAAUCUGCCUUGUAAGAGACAUUCACUCUACGUUAGUUUUCGAGAUCUAGGAUGGCAGGAUUGGAUUAUUGCCCCUGAUGGUUACUCAGCCUUCUAUUGCCAUGGCGAAUGUUCCUUUCCCUUGGCAGCCAACAUGAACGCCACGAACCAUGCCAUUGUGCAGACUCUGGUACAUCUGAUGGAUCCAGUCCUAGUCCCCAAACCCUGCUGUGCCCCAACUAAACUCAACGCCAUCUCAGUUCUGUACUUUGAUGCCAAUUCCAAUGUAGUUCUGAAGAAAUACAAGAGCAUGAUAGUCAAGUCUUGUGGCUGCCAU